AUGAAUGGGAACACGACGGUGUUACUUGUGCACGUGAACGAGGUGUGCGGGUACUACGGUACCCUCUUAGGUGGAACGUGGGGGCGUGGAGGAAGGAUUGGGGAGGAAGCUGGCGAACGCGAUGGCCUGCGAAGGGAGAGACUGAGCCGAGCGGUGCGAGGUUUUCGGGAAAUGGCGGGCCCGGAUGUGGAUGGUCGGGUUCAGGGCAAAGCCGAUGAGUCAGGACGUGACCGAGUCGAUGCGAGCGAGGCUGAACUCGGUGGUGCUACUACCACCGUUAUGUCUCUCUCUAAUUGGCUGCAACAACGGAUCGGAGGAGAAAAAGAUUAG